AAGCGACGCUACAGCAGAAAUUCAGAGGCCGAAAGGGGUCAUCUCCCAGGUAACCCGCUCAGGGGUUACCAUGGAAACUACCGUUUCCGGUCUGGUCCUCUCCCAAAUCAACCGGCCAACACAGCCGUUAGCGCAUCUGGCUAUAUUUGGGGGCACCCGGUGCGUGAGCACGUCCUCGUUCUGUUUUCCUGGCCUCAUAAAAACAGAGUGGGAGGACGAGGAGGAGAAGACCGGGAAGAGGCUGGCCACCUCGGUAGCCGUGACAACCACCACUUCCGGUUCGUUCCUCUUUACGGCCCACCUCGGCUCGGGCCGCGCGAAAUUCGUAACCUGCUGCCUGCUGCCGGCUGCUCUCUGGGGAAAACUGCGACGAGGACGGGGAGGAAGCUAUCAGAGACUCGGGUACCGUCGCCUGUGGGGCCCCAGGUCGGCGUUUCCGGGGGCCGGAGCCAGGGCGAGGAAAGCGGCCCGACGCGGCGGGGACGGGGGAAGGGAGGACCGCCUCCCCCGGCCGCGGCUCGGAGCGCGGGCGUGCGGGGGCCUGGGGAUCCCGGCUCGGCCGCCGUCCUGCCGGCCCGCCGCGUGGCCCCGCUCUGCGGCAACACCCCCAAGUCCGGGAAGUCGCUGUUCCGCUUCCCCAAGGACCGAGCCGUGCGGCGGCUGCCGCUCCACUGCGUGCCGGGCAGUGAGCCCUCGCUCAUCUGCUCGGACCGCUUUGCUCCCGCCUGCUUUGACGUCUCCGAUUGUCCAGAAGAGCCUGCCUUCUCGCAGCGCCCGAGGCUCGUAGCAGGCGCCGUGCCCACCGUGCACAGGGCCUCCUCAGCACCCAAGGCGGAAGAAGAGGGAGACCGAGCAGGCGGCCUCCCUUUAAGCUAUCAAGAUUAUGCUGGGGCUGGCUUGGUGGCGCAGUGGUUAAGUUUGCAUGUUCUGCUCUGGCAGCCCAGGGUUCACCGGUUUGGAUCCCAGAUUACAUGUGAAAAUGAAGUUAUACAAACACAAAUCCGUGCUGAUAAUCUAUCUAAUGAUGUCACUUCAGUACCUACUCACUGUGAAGAAGGCCCAGUGCAUAAAAGUACACAGAUCUUGAAAAGGCCCCCUCACCAUAGUGUGGGUGUUCAGGCCAAAGUGAAAGUGUUUGGAAAACAACUAUGUAAUGCAUCUCCUCAGACUGGUGAAUUGUGGCCUAGAACUUCCUCUCUCUUUGACAUUUACUCCAGUGACUCAGAAACAGAUGCAGACCAGGAUAUCAAGAGUGAGCAGAGUGAUUAAUCUUAUAUAGCUGUGCAGGUGAAAGAAGAGAUCUGUUAAAAACACAGCGUCAGAUGACUUGAUGUGCUAUAAGUUUUCAAAUCUUUGCUAACAUAAUUAUCUCUUUGCUCUUGUAUAUCUUUCACUUCGAGAUAAUUUGACAGUUGAGUAUCAGAAAAUUUGUUUAGUUCUAAGACAAAAAUUUGCCUGCUUGCCAAGAUAAUGAAGAUAAUCCUGCCCAAAACCUCCCCACCUCCCACUUUCACCUUCUUUUUCUUUUUAUCUUUUUGGUGGUAAUCAGGUUAUAAAACAAAACUAAAUAGCAACAUUUCCAGACCAAGAUUAAGCCUUGAAUAUUUAAGCUUAGUUCAGAAGCAACACUCAUAUGGGACUUAUUUGACAUUCACGAGUUACAAUGCCACUCUCCUUCUAAAUAAUGUGAAGAUAAAGAGCAAUAAUAGUGAACACAGCCAAGUCUGAUACUAUAAAAUGAUUUUGGGGUAAAGCCAGGACAAUUACUCUUGAUUAUUAUUUUCUGUGUUAUUUGUUUAUUGGUGUGUUCAUUUGUAAUACUAUUAGAUCUCUGGAUCAGUCCCUGUGAGCAUUUCUGGUGAAGCUAUGGCUCUCACAGAAAAUUUUCAAAGGGAAUCAAUUUAGAGUUAGAGUUUCGUAUGGUUAGAUUACCUUGUUAAUGAAAUCUACUUGCAUGAGUUCCUAUUACAAAAAAUCAAUUAGCUUGACUAAUUUAGAUUGAAAUUAUUGACAUCAUGCAAGAAAAGAUAUUACAUUUCUAACAUAUCCCCAUUUCUGGGAUUAGGUUUUCCUCUAUCAAUACCACUCUACUGAAUUCUACGUUUGGGAAAUAAGCAUGUGAAAUUUAGCUGCCCCAUCUGCCAUUCACCAGGAAAAUUUCUAUGGCAACUUUGUACCAUGAAGUAAUUUGUUACAAUGGUUUCUAAGAAACUUACUAUAACUCUGAUCUUCUAUGGAGAAUAGUAAAAAUAAAAGUCUAUUUUACACCUCACAUGUCUUGUUAGUUCUGCAUGAUUGGAAGAACUUGCAUACGUUUUAUCCUUGAAGGUUUAAAUAAUACACCAAAGUGAUUUUCUUCAAAAACUAAUUUCAUGUCUGACUUAAUUUGAACAGUGUAAUUCUAAUAAAAAGAAUAAUAGAAUUAAGUAUUAAUAGAAGUUGUGAGCCUGAACAAUGAUUAUGUAAACAACAAAGCAUUAUUAUUAUUAUUGCUGCUGCUUUGGCUAUUUUAUGUUUUAAGAGAGCAUUAUGUUUUAAAAUUAAGCAUAUAAAUCUUCUGAAGCUAAAUACGAUCAGUAAGUACCUACUGUCCCUUGAGCUUUGAAACAGCCCAUCUCUCUAAUUCAAAAUGUAAUGAAUGUUAUCUGCCCAUUCAUCCCCAAAUUUCACUCCCAUGAGUUUACUUCAU